UCUGAGCCCCCUGGACUGGAGUUGACGCCUCUGCACUUCUGGUUGCAAAAACUCAACGUGGUGGCGGCCAAAUUCUGAUUGUGGAGGCUUCACAAUGGUGAGUUGAGAUUCCACUGUGUGAACUCAGCACUUGGUGCACCAUGCGACUUCACCAGCAGAUGUUGCUAAAUCCUCCACCUUUUUCACCCUGACCAGUUAUUUCAGCAUCAGGGAUGAGUGCAGUAACAUCUCAGGGACCACAUUAACUGACCUCCUUCUCCUGAACCUCUGUUCAUUCAUGUUUACCCGCUCGCUGUGUUGAACAGUUAUUUGUGAGCGUGCGGUUUGCUGCCAUGUGUUGCGUCUCUGCUGGUGGUGUAAAAAAAUUACCCCUCAUCGCAAUGAACUUUGCAUUUUGAGCUGUAAAUAAGUCGGUUCUCGGAACUGGUUCCACACGGGUGCACCAUCACUCGCACACACUGAUCAGCUGAAGUGUCUCUGAAAACAGGAAGGAUGUGAGUUGAAAAUGUGUGAAUGUGAGUUAAAAAAAAACCCCAAAAGGACCAAGUUACAGCUCUUACUUGGCCACUUGAGUCUUCUCUCCGACACCAUGCGUAGUGGAAAAUGUUCCCGCAUUAUUGCUGGUGUCCUGUACCCGCUGGUGAUCCUCUCCAUCAUCUGUAACGUUGUGUUGUUAUUUCCCGGCUGGGAUGUCAAGUACGCCAAAGAAGGACACCUCACCGACGAGGUGAAAUACAUGGGGGGAAUCGUUGGAGGUUUACUGGUGUUGAUUUCAGCACUGUUCAUCCACUUGACUGGAAAACAAGGGUGCUGUGGGAAUCGUUUCGGGAUGUUGUUCUCGGUCGUGAUCGCUGCAGUGGGCGCGGCCGGAGCCGUGUACUGUUUCAUUGUGGCUUUGCUCGGUCUGGGAAAUGGACCUCUCUGCAAAGUCCAUGGGACGUGGACAACACCGUUCAAAAACAGGAAAGACAACUACCUGACUGACUACAAGUCCUGGGAAACAUGCACUGAGCCCAAAAACGUUGUGCUGUUCAACAUCGGCCUGUUCGGCACUCUGGCCGCGGUCAACUGCCUGCAGGUGCUGCUCUGUGCCAUUCAGAUCAUCAACGGCCUGGUUGGCUGCCUGUGUGGAACCGGCACAGAGAAAGCGUAAAUUCAGUCAAGACGCCUCGGGUCAUUUGAGAGUUGAGCUGUGCUGCAGACCUGAGGCUAGGAUUCAUGUUCCUGGCUGCUUCUGCAUUAACUUAAAUUCAUGUUCAUUCAUGCGUUUAUCUCCUAUACCGCUUUA